AAACAAAGGCUUAUAGAAAUAGUGCUUUGAUCGAGCUGAACAUGAUGAAGCUCAGGAUAGUUGAGGCUAAUUGGCGUGUUGGUCACAUGCUGAAAGAAAUGAACCAGACAAGAAGAGCUUUCCAAUGGUCCAUCGACAUUGCACAUGCCCAAGGACUGGAGUGGUUGUUGGAAACAGAUGCAUUCCAGGAUGCCAUAGCCAUUGCAUCAAUCAAUACCAAGAUGCAAGUCUAUGAUGAAGUGUGUAGGAAGGUUCAUGGAGGGGAAGAGAUAGGUGAGCAAGGAAAAAGUUUAACUCCCCCAUUUGAAAUGGCAAUUCGACUAAGGUGGGACUUGAAUGAGGAAGGGGUACCUAUCUUUCCACCUUCUAUUCUUGAGGAAGGAGAGGAUAUGGAGCUUCUGCCAAGUUUCAAGGCUUGGGUUGCCGGGACACCUGGCGUAGAAGCUAAGCUAGCUAGUGCUCCUUCAGAAGCUCAGCCCGCUCCUUUUACUGGCUCUAACAUAGUGACAAUUAUACCCACUGUAGAUUUGACACAUGAUUAGGGGCUAAAGCCAUUGAUUUUUGUACUUUUGACAUAGUAUUCUAGACUAUUAAUUAUUAUUCUCUUGUAAUGCAGAAUGGAAUUUAAAUGGAAUCAAAUUAAGGAGACUUA